UUCCCCUUGCAUCUAGAAAGUUGUAAAGCAAAAUUACAGAAAUACUUGCAAUUUGGAAAUCGCUCUCUAUUGACUGCUAUUUAGAAAUUGCUAUCUAUAAUUCUAUUUAUCGAUAGCGAUCGGGAUCGUUCGCCUCGCUCUCCUCUUUUCGGUUCAUCACGCUUCUCUCUGUCUCUCUCUCUCUACCCAUUUUCCCAUCUCACCCGUAAGAAGCCAGAGAAGUGAUACUAGAGGAGUUGCUAAAUUUCGUUCUUUUUUCUUUUCUUUUCGAUCGAAUUGGUGGGGGGAAUUCUUCGGCGUCGGAUUGCUGAGUUUUUGCCGGAAACGGAAAUGGCUGCGGUGGCGGAGAACGCGAUCGGGUCGGACAUUCACCGGACGUCGGUGGCAGCGGCAGCGGAGACGGACUACCAGCGGGACGUGAGGAAGCUGGUGGACCUGCUCUCCAAAUUGAACCCCUCCGCCAAGGAGUUCUUCCCGUCGUCCUACUCUACUGCCGCCGCCUGUGAGGGGGGGAAACCCAAUGGGCGGCUCUCCGCCGAUGCGCCCAUUUUCGUGGCGUCUUCCGAUUAUAGCAAUAAUAAUAAUAAUCAAAAUGGUAAUGGGAGCAAUAUGGACUCGAGCAGCGAUGGAUCGGUGAACAAUCAGCCGAAUCGCAGAAGGAGAAAUGGCUAUAACCAGGGGCGGAGGAGGAUGAAUGACAGAGCCCGGAGAGCUGUGCGGGAGGAGAGCAUCAGGCGAACUGUAUAUGUUUCUGACAUUGAUCAGCUUGUUACUGAAGAGAGGCUUGCUGAAAUUUUUGCUACCUGUGGGCAAGUGGUUGAUUGCCGGGUUUGUCGUGGCCCCCAUUCAGUUCUACGAUUUGCAUUUAUAGAGUUUGCUGAUGAGGAUGGUGCAAGAGCAGCACUGAAUCUUUGCGGGACUGUGCUAGGUUACUAUCCUGUCAGAGUCUUACCAUCAAAGACUGCCAUCUUGCCUGUCAAUCCUAAAUUUCUUCCCCGGUCUGAGGAUGAAAAGGAGAUGGUCGUAAGGACAGUUUAUUGUACAAACAUAGAUAAGAAGGUUACUCAAACAGAUUUAAUGGUUUUCUUUGAACAAUGUUGUGGCAAGGUUUCUCGUCUGAGGCUUCUUGGAGAUAAUGUGCACUCCACACGGAUUGCCUUUGUUGAGUUUGUUCGGAUGAGCAAGGAGUCAACCCUAACUGAUGCAAUCGAUUACAUCAAACAGCUGCAGAAGCAAGUAUAUGACCUGAGAUUGGAGCUCUCAAAGAUUCCUGACGAGGAGGGUGAGAAGCAAGGGAGUGCAUCAAGCACUGAAACCAUGGCUCCAACCCUGAACAUCCAGUGCCAGAGAACGGUUGAGUUGAGCCCCAUAGGGCAAAAAAAGUACCAUCUCGUGAUCAUCAGUGAGAACAAGCACGUUGGAUUCACCAAACUAUUGGAAGCCAUCAGCAACUUUGGCGCGGAAGUGACUAACAUUAACUCCACAACUUUCUCUGGUUUUUCUCAUAGUGUAUUCAGCAUUGAUGUGAAAGACAAUGGAGAGAUGCUUAUGACAGAGUUGAGGAAGCUUCUGUUAGCAAUUGUUGGAGCUGCAGACACUUAAGAUGGCCAUUGAUGAUGAAUGCUUAUAAGUCAUACCACAACAACCUUGCAAUUCAUGUUGCUUCUUAGAAAAGAUUUCUAAGUAUUCACCUUACAAAAGAUGUCCAUUGAAACAGCUUCAUUUUCUUGCUUGACAAAAUUCUCACAAUAUAUGAACAGUUAACGGCCAACUAAGGCUUAUGAAUCAUUCACGGGGAUAAGACAACAAUCUACAGUCUUAAUUUGGUCUUCAAA